AUGCCCAGCGCUGCUCCGCAGGCACUCGGGCGGCUCCCCGAAGAAGGCCCCGAGCAAGGACCCCGCGCUGGCCGCGCCAUGGCGGCCGCCGGCGGGGAUGCGGCGCAGGAUGGGUUACAUCCAAGGAAUCUUAUCCCAGAGCUUUGUAGACUGUUUUAUGGCUUAGGCUGGGUAACGGGAACUGGUGGAGGAAUCAGCUUGAAACAUGGGGAUGAAAUCUACAUCGCUCCUUCAGGAGUCCAGAAGGAAAGAAUACAGCCAGAAGAUAUGUUUGUUUGUGACAUGGAUGAACAGGACAUCAGCGGUCCUCCACUGCACAAGAAACUAAAGAAAAGCCAGUGCACACCUCUUUUUAUGAAUGCCUACACUAUGAGAGGGGCAGGUGCAGUGAUCCAUACACAUUCCAAGGCUGCCGUUAUGGCUACCCUUCUUUACCCAGGGAGUGAGUUCUCUAUUACCCAUCAGGAGAUGAUAAAAGGAAUCCAGAAGUGUACUUCAGGAGGCUAUUACAGGUAUGAUGAUACACUAGUGGUUCCUAUUAUUGAGAAUACACCAGAAGAGAAGGAUCUCAAGGAGAGAAUGGCACGUGCAAUGGAAAAAUACCCAGACUCUUGUGCUGUCUUGGUCAGACGUCACGGUGUUUAUGUAUGGGGAGAGACAUGGGAAAAAGCCAAAACCAUGUGUGAAUGUUAUGACUACUUGUUUGAUAUUGCAGUGCAGAUGAAGCAGCACGGGCUAGAUCCUUCAAAACAUCCAGCUGGAGAAAAUGGGAUCUUGUAAAUGUCAACAACAUUUAUAUUCAGGUUUCUUACUGAUCAUGGGAGUUCCAGCUUUCACCCCACACUAUUGAAGCCAGAAGGGGGUGCUGGUCCUCUGCUGAUUGACAAAUCUGAGGCACUUUUAACUGUUAAACGCAUCCAAGAAGAUAAGGAGAGUUAAAAAAAACCAAGUACUGAACAAUCAUUGUAAUUUACAAAUCCUGUCAAAUGCCACAGUCGGAGGAAUGAAAAUUCAGAUGCAAAAAUACUUCGAAAAACUUUGGAGAACCAAUGUCACAUUUUGGUUUUGUGCCUUAAAAAUUCGUAUUUUAGCAACCUGCAUUUGUUGAUCCUGCUCUAAUGCUACACCACUUAACUUGAAAUAAGUCUCCAUUUCUGAAAUUUAUUGUAGCUUUUAUUCUUCGGGGGAAAAAAGUGAGGACAACCCCUUAAUUAGAAGUUAAUAAAGUUUAAAGCAUUGUUUGAA